AUGAGCGGCAUAGAGGUAGCUGGCCUUGUCCUUGGCUGUCUACCGUUGAUCAUACAAGCAAUUGAAAGCUAUAAUGAAGGGCUAGAUCCAAUCAAAGGCUUCUUUGGAAGGGAUAAGGAGCUCCCUAUUUUUAUAAGAAAAUUGAGGGCUCAAUAUGAUCACUAUGAUCAGACAAUCCAGCUUCUCUUCGGAUCCAUCACGUCGGAUGUCGAGUUUGCUUUAAUGAUGACUAACCCUGGGUCGUCGCAAGAGCUUUGGAAAAGUAAAGAGGAGGCUCUCCAAGAAAAGUUGCAGACUACGUAUAAGUCGUAUCAGAGGACAAUAUUGGAGAUUGAAAAAAUAACCAAGAAGAUAGCAAGCAAAUUAGAUCUAGAUCGCGCAGCAGAGAUUACACGGAAUGAUCUGGAGGCACUGUUGGCCGCAAACCCCAAGAAGGCCAAUGACAAGUUUGAGAUUAGAAAGCGCGUCCGCUUUGGCAUGAACAAGAAGACGAUCAAGGCGCUCCUGGAAGAACUGGACGAAUGCAACAAAAGCCUCGAGAGGUUCACGGAAAAGAGUGAGAAGAUAGAGACAUACCACCGAGCGACGAAGCCCUCGUAUGCCUCGCGGUUGCAAAGACUACAGCGGUAUGCCAAGACGUUACACGAGUCGCUGAGUGUAUGCUGGUCGUGUUCAUGCAAGUCAUUGCAUCGGACAAGCCUCCAGUUGGAGCUUCGGGAAGAUGUCUUUGCCCCGAAAGGGCAGAAGCAACUCGACACUCUGAAAACAAGCUUUAGUGUUGCUUUUUCAACCACGGCCUCCGAUGGAAGCGGUGUGCCAUGGCUAAUCCAGGCUGCAGAGGUACGCGUGGAAGAAGAAGAGGAGGAGGGGGAGGAGGGGGAAUACUUCGUUCCCAUAGCAUCUCCCAAACCAAGGAUGACGAAGAGCGUCAGUUUCGGAACCCCUCCGCCAUACGCAGUGAGCGAUCCUACCAAAAAGUCGCUUGGUCCGCACCAAGAGGUGAAGGACUUGUGUGCAUCUAUUCAACAACUACACAAAAAUGCUUCGAGAAUCGGGUUUUCGUUGGAUAGCAAAAGCAAGUUACGGGGCGCUUACCCAUUGGAUACGGCAGAAACAUACAUGCCUACCGUGGAACUGGUAUCUCUAGAGGAUCUGCUUCGACAGCCACCAGUCAUUAACGGCAGACGGUCGAAGCUGAGCAUGAGGGACAGGUAUAGGCUAGCGUUGACACUAGCGUCCAAUGUGCUGUAUUUGAACUCGACGCCGUGGUUGGCCAACGAGUGGGCAGCUCGGGAUAUUAUGUUUCACCGAAGGUCGAAUACUGCACAACCGAUAAACAUUGAGCGCCCAUAUCUAGCGCCCGCGGUUGUUGAGGCGGCCAAUGGGACGGCGAGAAACAUGCAGGCAGGCGGCUUCAGGAACACUGUGCUGAUUGCUCUGGCUGUGGCUCUUCUGGAGCUGUACUUUGGAGUGACUGCUGAAAAGUAUCAAGAGUCGGAGGCAGAAGACGAGGUGGGCGAUUUGUCAAAGCAGCCGGGGCCGUGGAAGCUGUGGGCACUGGCGCGUAACUGGACCUUCAACGAGUCUGGGAACCUGUCUGCUGCUUUCCAGAAUGCAAUUCGGCAUUGCAUAACAGGGUCCAGCGAUCCUUGCGCCAGUCUCGAGGAUGCCGAGUGUCUCCAGGCAGCGGUGGAAAACAUUGUUCUGCCACUACAGGAGGAGCUCCACCAGUUCCUGGGCAAGACGACAAGGUGA